UCUCUCUCUCUCUCUAAUCCGAUUACGACCCCGCACCAGGGAUCCGAAUCCGCCGAAUAUUCCACUAGAUCAAGCUAUUCCGGUUCAUGAUUAUACUGGUGAAGAUGAAAUGUUGGGUGGAGCCCGGAAAAGUAUGACAAAGUCUUUCCUUCGGCAAAGGUAGAAGACAUCAAUAAUGGCUUCGAGGGUGAUCAUCAGGAGGAGGAAGUACCUCCUGGAUCACAUUAACACGCCAGUUCGAUCAACUUCUACUCUCUCCAGUUUUGGGCAUCGAAGUUUUGGUUAUGAAUCUUGUGAUGUAGAUAAAACGGUUGUUCGUCAAGUUCCUGAGCAGAGUUUGGGUGAUUCAGAUAAUAGAAAAGAGAGGAGCAUUGCCAUAACAACCAAAGAGGAUUUAUUGGGAUUUUCUUCUCGUGGGUUUCUUAGGAGCCCUUUGAAUAGGAUUUCUCUUUUGGGUUACGGGUAUGGAAGGCAAGAAUACGGUUUACCUUUGGGAGUCAGAUAUUUGCUUCAAUCUGUGCGCACUGCAACAACUGCUACGGCUGGUCAACCUGAUGUGGCUAGUGUCGAGGAGCCUAAUGAGGAUCAGAACCAGAAGCAGAUGAAGGAGGCAUCGCCGGAAGAAUGUGAUCAGGCUGUUGAAGGGCUGAGCUCUGCGAAAGCCAAAGCAAAGGCCAAGCAAGUGCAAGAGGUAGCUCAGAAGCCUGCUCAGUCGAUAGUGCAGAGGUUUUGGGCAAGGCUUUUGGGAAUUGGCCCUGCUUUGAGAGCAAUUGCUUCUAUGAGCAGGGCGGACUGGGCCGUGAAAUUCCGCCAUUGGAAGGAUGAAUUUGUCUCCACCUUGCAGCAUUAUUGGCUAGGUUUAAAACUACUUUGGGUAGAUGUCAGGAUUUCCUCAAGAUUGUUGCUGAAACUUGCUAGUGGGAAGAGCCUUACAAGAAGAGAGCGGCAGCAGCUUACACGUACUACUGCUGAUAUAUUCAGAUUGGUCCCUUUUGCUGUUUUCAUUAUAGUUCCAUUCAUGGAAUUCUUGCUGCCAGUGUUCCUCAAGUUGUUUCCGAACAUGUUGCCGUCAACUUUUCAGGACAAGAUGAAAGAACAGGAAGCAUUGAAGAGAAAACUAAAAGCAAGAAUAGAAUAUGCAAAGUUUUUGCAAGACACAGUGAAAGAAAUGGCAAAGGAAGUCCAAGUCUCCCGUAGUGGAGAAAUCAAACAGACUGCUGAAGAUCUUGAUGAAUUUUUGAACAAGGUUAGGACUGGUGCCCGUGUUCCCAAUGAAGAAAUUUUGAACUUCGCUAAGUUGUUCAACGAUGAACUAACUUUGGAUAAUAUCAGCAGGCCGCGAUUGGUUAAUAUGUGUAAAUAUAUGGGGAUCCCACCAUUUGGUACCGAUAAUUACUUACGCUUCAUGCUUCGGAGAAAACUGGAAGAGAUUAAGAAAGAUGAUAAACUGAUCCAACUAGAGGGUGUAGAAUCUCUUUCUGAGGAGGAACUUAGACAAGCUUGUCGGGAACGAGGCCAUCUUGGGCUGCUAUCUACGGAAGAGAUGCGUCAACAGCUUCGUGACUGGUUAGAUUUGUCUCUUAAUCAUGCUGUGCCAUCUUCUCUCCUUAUACUCUCGAGAGCAUUCACUGUAUCUGGGCGGUUGAAACCUGAGGAGGCUGUUGUGGCUACAUUAUCAUCUCUACCAGAUGAAGUUGUGGACACAGUUGGUACAGUUUUGCCGUCUGAGGAUUCUGUUUCUGAGAGGAGGAGAAAAUUGGAAUUCCUCGAGAUGCAGGAAGAGCUUAUCAAGGAGGAAGAGAAAAAGCAUGAGAAAGAAGAAAAAGCAAAACUCAAGGAACCUGAGAUUAGUCGAGAGGAUGUUGCCUUGAAGGAGAUGACUGGGCCUACGGCUCGGGAAGCAGAGGAACUGGCGAAAGCAAAAACAAUGGAUAUGAAAGAACAGCUCUGCAAUAUCAGUCGAGCAUUGGCUGUUCUUGCUUCAGCAUCUUCUGUUAGUAAGGAAAGGCAGGAGUUUCUGAGCCUUGUAAACAAGGAGAUAGAACUGUAUAAUAAGAUGCUGGAGAAAGAGGGUACAGAUGGUGAAGAAGAGGCGAAGAAGGCAUACAUAGCUGCUAGAGAGAAGUCUGACCAUGCAGCUGAGGUAGCUGCGGGAGACAAAGUCUCUUCGGCUUUAAUCGAUCGGGUUGAUGCCAUGCUACAAGAAUUAGAAAAGGAAAUCGAUGACGUGGAUGCUAAAAUUGGCAACCGUUGGCAACUGCUUGACAGGGAUCGUGACGGCAAAGUGACUCCGGAAGAGGUAGCUGCUGCAGCCAUGUAUCUAAAAGAUACCAUCGGAAAGGAGGGUGUCCAGGAACUCAUCAGCAAUCUUUCUAAAGAUAAAGAAGGAAAGAUCCUCGUGGAGGACAUCGUGAAGUUGGCGUCGCAAACAGAUGAAGCCAAUGGAGAGGAGGCCGCACGAGUAUAGAAGGCGAAGUAUUUGAUUAUGUCUUAAUCUUUAUUUUGAAAGCAAUAAUUCUAUAAUUCUUUCUUACGAGAGGUUUGUAGCAAUACAGCAAGGUCGAAAUGCUGAUGAUCCUGCACUUCAUUGUUGUAACGAACUCUACCACUUGCCGCCGGGACGAUUCGUGAUUUACAACGUACUGUAAAAUUGUUUGAUAUGGUAUGGUUUUUUCACCCCUAGUACUAUGCUCCUCUCGUAGUACGAGUAAUGUGACAUUAGCUAUAUGCAUUAGGAUUUUCCCUUGAUUUAGACAACUAUGAAUGAAUUAAAGAUCCAUAGAGAGAUCAUACUUACAAUA